UAAUAAAAAUAUUCACAACUGUUGUAGCACUUCAGUAAAAUAUUUAAUUAAUGUUUAAUCACAAAAUUAAAAGAGAAAUUAUAAUUGUGUAAAUAAAAAUAUUUAGUUUUUUUGUUAUCAAAUUCAUCAUCUAGUUAAAGAUCGCGUUUAUUUCUGUGUAAACUUGUAGAUAAGAAACCAAAAUAAUAAUAAAAACAAACAAUUUUGUUCUAGUAAUGGGAAUAAGUGUUCGACCAACCUUUAUCUAAAAGAGUCUCUCAUCCCUCAUCACCACCUAUUUAAUGAGUUUCUUUAUGGCAAUUGAAUUGGUGUUUGUGCCAUAAAACCAAAACAUUUCAUUUAAUUAAAUCUUUUCCAACUACUUUUACAACGACUGCUUCUUACUUUUUAUGGAUUUUUUCCAAUUUGACUUAAAUGGUCAUCAAUGUAAAGAUCUCCAUAGUUUGAAUCCUAUAGAAAAAUGCGUGUAACAAAUCAACUGUGAUAAAAUUUAUUCCUUGGCCCAGAUAUUUUAAUAUAUUACAGAAUCAACUUCAAAUCAAGGACACUGAGUAAGGCGGCAAACUGUCGACAUUAUCAAUUAGAAACUUUUCGGCAAACAUGCUGAACAAUCUGGGAGCCAAUGUUUUGGGUCCCAAAGAUUGUGAUAUACCAAAAGCUGCCCUGUCUGCACUACAUGCCGGUGUCAAUAGUUUCGGACAUAUAUCAAAUGGUCCGCCAAAUAAUAAUGACAUCUCAUUGAAUGGUGGUGGUGGCGUUAGUGGUCGUUUGCAUGUUUCCAGUAAUUUAUGCGAUACGCAAAAUUCACUUGGUAACAAUAAUAACAAUAACACUAAUAACAAUAAUAAUAACAACAACACUAUGCAACAACAAGAUCAGAAUUCGGAUAAAAAUAAUAAACAGAAACGUCAUCGAACGCGUUUCACACCGGCACAAUUAAAUGAACUGGAAAGAUGUUUUUCGAAAACUCACUAUCCCGACAUAUUUAUGCGGGAAGAAAUUGCAAUGCGAAUUGGAUUGACGGAAUCAAGAGUACAGGUAUGGUUUCAAAAUCGUCGUGCCAAAUGGAAGAAACGCAAGAAGACCACCAAUGUAUUCCGUACACCAGGCGCUUUACUGCCUUCCCAUGGUUUACCUCCUUUCGGUGCCAACAUCACAAACAUUGCAAUGGGAGAAGGCUUAUGCGGAACAGGCAUGUUUGGCGGUGAUCGCUGGAGUGUGGGUGUCAAUCCAAUGACAGCAGGUUUUGGCCAACUAAAUCAAUCUUCUUCGCUUUCAAGUUCAUUAAAUAGUGGUUUAAAUUCUGGUAUUAAUUUAGGUUCCGCUAUGGGUGCUGGUAGUUAUCAACAUUAUGGAUUAAAUGCUUUAGGCGAUUCAAUGAUGUAUCAACAUAGUGUUGGCGGCGUUGGUUGUGGAGGCAAUGGUUCACCAACAGCCACAACCCCUCCGAAUAUGAAUUCAUGUUCUUCGGUCACACCGCCUCUAGCAAACCAACCGAAUCCUAGUCAAAAUGAACUCAAUGGUGAUAUGAGUGCACAACCUCAUCACCAACAACAACCUCCACCGUCACAACAAGCUUCUCAACAACAGCAAAAUCACCAACAGACUCAAAAUCAUCAUCAACCACCACCACAGCAACAACAACAGCAAGCACAGCACUCUGAAUCCAAUGCAAGUAACAACAACCAGGCACACCAGCAGCAACAACAACAACAGCAGCAACAACUCUUACCACAUUGUCAUCAAUCCAUGCAAUCGCCGACAGAUGGCUCUAACGAGGACGAUGUAUGGCGUGGGCAUAGCAUAGCUGCCUUGCGUCGAAGAGCUUCAGAACUGAAUGCCACAACGGGUAUACCAUCAUAUUUGCACCAUGCGGCUGCUGCUCACAACAGUUACGAACAUCAUAAUUCGGUCUACUGAAAUUUGCUAAAAAGCUUUGAAAGCUUUUCUGACUAUGGAUUUCCACAACAGGAUUUUUGAAAAAACUGUAUAAUAAAAGUUGGUCACACAAAAUGGUUGCAGUAGAAAAGCUUUCUAAGCUUUAUGAAUGUUCUAAGAAUGUGUAUUACAGAGUGGCAUAAAAAAUAUCCAAUACACACCCUGUCAUUAAUUUACGUUACACUUUUAAGUUUCCUAAUUAAAAAUCUUAAUUUUAAAUUGUAAAAUAAUUGAAAUUCAAUUAUGGGCAAUUAUGCCCACGCAUGUUUAAUUUUAAAUUUAAAAAAAGAGGAUUUGAUUAUUUUAAUUUUAUAUUUAAAACAAAACCUCAUACAAAAGUUUUUUAAAUUGUUGGUUCAAUACAGUUUAUUUAUUUUUUCAUA